CGUACAGCCCAUACAGUUUCCUGACACUCCGACGAGCAUCACACCGAGAAAAAAAAACUUUAAACUGUAGGAAUAAUCUCGUAGUUUUAGGCGAUUUUACUGCUUCAUCAUGGGAUUGACCAUGUCGUCGCUGUUCAGCAGGCUGUUCGGAAAGAAACAGAUGAGAAUUCUCAUGGUGGGACUGGAUGCUGCUGGCAAAACCACUAUAUUGUACAAACUGAAACUUGGAGAAAUUGUGACCACCAUUCCUACCAUAGGUUUUAAUGUAGAGACUGUUGAAUACAAGAACAUCUGCUUCACCGUGUGGGAUGUCGGUGGCCAGGACAAAAUUCGUCCUCUCUGGAGACACUAUUUUCAGAACACCCAGGGUUUGAUCUUUGUAGUGGACAGUAAUGACAGAGAGAGAGUGGCAGAGUCUGCAGAGGAGCUUUCGAAAAUGUUACAGGAAGAUGAACUGAGGGACGCCGUGUUGCUAGUUUUCGCUAACAAACAGGAUCUGCCUAACGCCAUGGCUGUCAGUGAGCUCACAGACAAACUGGGUCUGCAGAGUCUACGCAGCAGAACGUGGUAUGUUCAAGCAACCUGUGCUACACAAGGCACUGGACUCUAUGAAGGACUGGACUGGUUAUCAAACGAGCUCUCCAAACGCUAGCGUGCCUGUUGUGAGGCGAGAGAUGGUGUGUACGAACCAAUGGGACGGCUAAAGAUUCCUCAUAGAAUUUAAGUGUAUGACACAACUGGAAGCUGGGAAGGAAACAUCAAACACGCACCUGUCUUAGCUUUCCUUUUCUACAGUAUAUAUUCUUCUGCCCAAGUUUAUCUUUCUUUUUCAGUUUCAAAAGCACAACUUUUUUUUUGUAUUGCAGAGAGGAAAAAUAUUUUCAAAGACCCUUUUUCUCUUCUGCUCUUUCAGUUUCUUAGAAUGGCCUCUGCAAAACCAAAAACAUUGUUUUUGGUUUAGCUUUAGUAUCUUGAAGUGUUUAUUUUAGUGUGUAUUUGAGAUCUACAGAUAAAGAGCCUGUGUUCAAGCUUACUGAAGAUUUUGGGGGUUGCUAAAACACACAAAACUGGAUUAAAAAUGGGGAGGGGUCAUUCGGAAGAACAAAGCCAUGCCUACUCAUUCAAUCUCUAUUGAUGUGCAACAUUUUAAAGAUUGUUACAUUGCUUUAUCCACUAAAUGGCUUGGAGUCGCAUGUGGUCCUUCUAAACAUUCUCUUUGACUGUGCAUGAAUCUUCUUGAAUUUAUUUCAUUCUGGAUCUUGUUUGACAUUCCCCACAUCAACAGCACAUGGCACGAAAAGUUUAAUGUCAUAGAAUUUUUCUUUUCAGAUUUUUUUUUUUUCUUGUGGCAAAUGUUGAAAUGUUUAAAGGGAGCAUAAUGCUCUAAUGCCACAAUAACGCAUUUAUACCACAGUCUCUUUUGAAGCUCUUUCCAUUGUAAUUUAAAGUUGAAAUUAACGUGUUUUAUGUUUGUUAUGCCAUUGGGAAAAUGCUGAUGAGUUUUUGCUCAAGCGUGUUACUUGAGCUUAUUGUUAUUUGUGACAGAAUUGGACUCCUGAAUGUUGAUUUAAUGUACUGAUGAAUUCCAUGUCUGGUUGAAAUGGUUUGCUUCCCAAAACUGGUGUGUAAGAGAUACAAUCUAUUUUACCCUAAUUAUCAUGACAAAUUUGUGUAUUAUAUGUAAGAUAUUGUUUUAGAAUAAAACAUAAUCGUGAACUUA